UGGUUUAAAAAGUCUUUAAAGAGCAACCUUUGGGAGAGAAACCUGUGUUCUUAUUGGCUAGUAAAACCGUCGCUCGACAAGUACAUUUUUGUUGAGGUGCAGUUGAUAUGAAUUUGGCUGGGAGUCCCCAAGAUUCCGAACUGAGCAGUUCAUAGCGAUCGAACCCGAGUGUAGUUUAUUAUUUUGAAGAAUUAUUUUUUAUAUACAUUAUAUUUUUCUGUAUAUAAUAUAUUGUUUUCUAAAUAAGGGCAAUAAGAAUGGAACUUAAUUCUCUUCUAAUUCUUCUGGAGGCUGCUGAAUACUUGGAAAGAAGAGACAGAGAAGCAGAACAUGGUUACGCAUCGGUUUUACCGUACAAUAGCGACUUUUCCAGAAAGAAAACGAAAGCUUCGCCACUUUCAAGAAAAACGCAGAACAAUAGGUCAUCACACAACGAGCUGGAGAAACACAGACGUGCCAAACUACGGCUGUACCUGGAGCAGCUGAAACAGCUGGUGCCGUUGGGUCCGGACAGCACCAGACACACCACACUGAGCCUGCUCAAGAGGGCCAGGAUGCACAUCAAGAAGCUGGAGGAGCAGGACAGGAAGGCUCUGAACGUGAAGGAGCAGUUGCAGCGCGAGCAUCGCUACCUCAAACGGCGCCUGGAGCAGCUGGGCCUGGAGCGCAUCCGCACCGACAGCAUGGGCUCCACCAUUUCCACUGACUCUGAGCAAGAUGUGGACAUAGAGGGGAUGGAGUUCACCCCGGGCGAGGCGGACAGCGUGAGCAGCGUGAGCGACGGCGAGGACCACUACAGCCUGCAGAGCAGCUCCAGCGACGGCAGCUACGUGCACUCCCACAGACUGCAGCCCCUCCUGUGCUAGGCCCCGCCCCCGUCCGCCGAGGCCGCGCCCCCUCCCGCCCACCCACCCACCCGAGGGGCCACGACCGCCUAUCCUCCGAGAAGCAGGCCGCAGACGUGCGACUCACCACUUCCUCUCUCAGAGACACGCCCCCCCCAACCCCCCACCCCUCUACCUCCCCCUCCCCAAUCCAAACCCUCCCUCCAUUCACACCGCAGAAAUGGAUAGCUGAGCAAUUCAUGGUUUCUGUGGAGGAACUCUGUGGUGCACAGCUUUGACUUGCCACUGAGAACCGUGUGCUGCACAGGCCUGUUGGGUUACGUGUGUGUGUGCGUGUGUGUGCGUGUGUGUGCGCGCGUGUAAAGUGGGGUAAAACACUUCCUAUUUAAUAUGAAACGUAUGCGUAGAAAACAAAACUGUUGCCAUGACUGUCAGCAGCGGAGUACACUAUGCAUCACGUAGUCGGUUUCUGAAAGAGGGAAAUGACCAAGCAUUUUUCCUUGACGGAAGAAAAAUAUAUUUAUUCACGUCUGCUGUACUCCACAUUUUGACCAGCACUUCUGAGAAGUGUAGCCUGCGAUUUUUACGCCUCGCAUUUUACACAGUGUCUAUGUGUGCGGCCGAGCGUGUUCUGAAGCAGUCCAGGCUAAUACCUUAGUGGAGUGCACAGCAGGGUGGCCUAGAGGCCUCAAACCUGCAACCCUCCUUUAACCACUACUUCACUGCUGACCGCUACCCUGCCCGCUGUGCUACUGGGGAUGUGCCGCUACAGGGUUUUACACCAAAGGCAACAUCUGAUUUCCAACUGGCAGGACUGGCGUGUGACAUCACUGCUAAUUUAACCCUUUGAAGAGUAGUAGUAUUUUUUUAAAUGCUUUUUAUUUUUCUUCAAAACUCAAGUCAGUGUUCUAGAACUCAGUUGCAUUCACCAGCAGCAUUGUUACAUCAGCAUUAGAAUGUUCAGUUGAGAACAUUCUAAUCACAUAUUUGUGAUCUCACGCCUUAAAUGGUUAAAAGGACAAAGCUGCACUGAAGCAAUGCCAGCUCAGGCCUGGUGUGAUACACAUUCUCAGCAGCAGAGCGAUUUAGCCAGGAAGCAGGGAAGCUCCAGCUCCGGGGAGCGCUGAUCGACCUGGAGAGCAGCUAACGGGAGCAGUCCUGGACGUUCUCCGAGCGGGGCCGUCCAGUUCGGGUGGGGAGGACGCGGGGUCUAGGGCAGGACGGGGCGGGGCGGGGCGGGUGGGGACGACAGACGGGGGGAGACAGGGGCUCUUUGUUCCAGCUCCAAAGAUCAAAGUGUGGCUGGAAGAUGGUGCCGCUUGUUCUCUGGUCCUGACCUCGAGAUGGAUGCCCCGGUGCGUGUAUGCGGGUGUGUGUUUGCGUGUUUGCGUGCGUGCGUGCGUGCGUGCGCACUUCGGUUCCAUUUGGCAUGCCAACGCUGCACGAACUGCCAACGUGAAAGAGGAAAGAGUCGGCGGCUCUUCAGGAUCAGCUUCCUCAGGAGGAGCAAUCGUUUUUUCUGACGAGUGAGAUUACACUGAUUUUAGCAUGGAUGCCUUUCCCCCGCUUUUACUCUCCUCCAUUUGAGUCCAGUAGUAAGCAGUGACACCCUCUCAGCUCAACCCAAGAGAUUUCGCAUCCGCAUUAACAGAACUUCAGGAGCCUCUGGGCAUGGCAAGAUCAGACCAGUGUAAUGCGUUUAUGUUGGUUAUCCCUACGCAGGACCUCUCAUUACUGCCAGUAGGUAGACAGCAGAGUCGUCCCUUCCUUUAUCUCUGACUCACACUGGGUGUCCUGUGGGCCGUCCCUGAGAGCUCCGCCUCUUAACGUGUUAAACAGGACCAGCCAAUCAAGGAACGUCCUGCAAAAAAAAUUUAAAAAACAAAACAAAACAAAAAAAAAAAAAACAAAUGUACAAAAAAUCCUGCAUACAAGACACUUAUAAAGUGAUUUUUAGCAAGUGUAGUCUAUAUUUCCUGUAUUAAAUUUUAUAUUAUAUUUUCCUAAAUGUUCUCUUAAAAGAAGAAAAUAUGAAAAAAAGAGUAUAUGUGUAUAUGAAAUGUAAGGAGACAGACAAGAGGCCAGGCUAGUGGAGAGGAGAGGGAGCAGCAGGGUUUCCGGUCUCGUCCUGUGCCUUGGUGAGCCUCGGUGACUGUUGUUGUGAACACACCCCCUCUACCCCCCUCCCCCUCUCGAACCCACUGACCCCAAACCCCGUCUCCCCCCUCUUCAGGUCUCGUCCCCGCUAGACAUUCCCCCCUCCCCUGGCACACCCCCCCCCUUCCUUCCCGUCCCGAGCAGGGGGCUACAUCAUUCCCCAUUUCACGCUUCGCCCCCCAGCCCCCCACGCUCAGGGCCGAAGAAGAGCUCGCACUGAGAAACCCACCCAAAUCAGACCCCCGUCCCCCCAGUCCCGUCGAUCUUCAUCACACUGACCACGUCGGUGACUCCAUGGCAGCUUUAUAACAUCCCUGGUUACCAUUCGGGUUGGCCGUCAGCAUUUCCUUCCCGACAAACCAGCAAACCCAUGGUGUUUUUAUUUUUUUAUUUUGUUAAUUUUCGUUUGAACUUCUCGUGUUUAUCAUUAACUGAACAGCAGGUGACUGGGAGUAGAGUGAAAACCUAAUCCAAAAUGGCAGCUGAACAUUUUCAGUCUGCUCCCAGUGUGUCAGCUCCAUGACUGCGCUAGAAGGUCAUGGAAUCCCUCUGUUAUUAUGAGGAAAAAACAGCAAUAUAAGAUUUGCGGGAUUUUUUUUUGGGGGGGGGGGGGAGGGGGAGGGAUUUGGAUUGGGUGGGAAGGUUGUGUGAAUGAGAAACGGGACUAUUUCAGCUUUUUUUUUUUUUUUUUGGUGAAUUUUGUGACCAACUCUCCAUUUCUUUCAAGUUGAUUUUACUGGUCCAGUUUCUCUGGAAGCGAUGGAGAGAGAAAUGUAAGGAUUUCUUUGUGUGAAGUUUACAUUCUUGUUGAGUAAACACAUGACUGUUAAUAGCUAAAAUUUUACUAUUUCAGUUUGUUGGUCAAAUGAACAACCGGUGACUAAAUGUUGAGAAUAAUAAUAAUAAACUCAUGCACAGAACCUUCCAGUAGCAACUUGUGGUAACCAUGACGCAUUGGGAGAGAUUGUUUCUGGAACAUUCCGUAGUUGAUGGUGUAAUUUUAGGCACGUACUUCUAUUUAUAAUCUCUGAGGUACAGGAGCACAGAAAUGAUCUGGAAAGGGUGGGCCCUUGCGGUGAAAGAACUCGGGGAGGUUGCCACACUGUCACCUUUAGGCGUUUCUUGUUCUGGUGGAACACUUUUUUUUUUUUUGGCGGAGUGGAGAGGCGCUCCAGUUAUGCCCCUGAAAAACAGCAUAUAUAUAUAUAUUUUUAUUUCAUGGAAGAAACUAAAAUGCUAAAGAAUUAUUUGAACACAAAAUCGGUGUUCAUGGAAAUAUCCCCCCCCCCCUCCAAAAGAGUACUUCUGUUCAGACUUUGAGUGAAAUACUAAAGACCAGUCAAAAUGCUAAACUAUUGUUUCUAUGAGAACACAGAGAGGGGCUGAUUCUUUUAAGGAUGUUUUUUCUUACACAUACACCGAAAGUGCGACCCCGGAAGCAGUGAACUAGUGACUAAAGGAAAGAACACACUGCUGAGCAGUCUGUAGGAGGGACUGGGCCGGGGGAGGGAGGGGAGACAUUUCGGGCUAGAAGUGCACUGGGGACAGGGGGAGAGCGGAGUCGAAAGAGGACACAGAGUCACUUGGGGCAACAAAAGAGUCUGUUCUUCAAGUUCCCCUGCAGUAUUGGCACCAGUACAGCAUCCCCCAUGGAACUGAAUUCCUGCUUUUUAAACAGUUGUUUUUGUUCCUGCGCUCUCUCCAGCUUGAAAGAAAGGGGGGAUUUUUUUAAUGUCAUUUCAAAUUCAAGUUUCGCACGCUUUCGGGCACUGUUUGUUUUUUUUUUGUAGGAUAUAGGAUGUCUUGUGUGGCUCCCCACUAGAUCUUUAACGUUUGCAGCGGGGGAAAUACGAGGAGUAUAAUCCCCAAAUUUGGAGCGUUUGUCCUGUCGACGUUGUCCUGUAUCAGUGAGAAUGGAUCCCUGACUGGGUGCUGUGCAUUUUAUUGAAGAGCCCUGAUUGGCUGGCUUGACAUUCAGGCUGGUGUGGGGGUGGGGGGAUUGGAGCAGAGGAGAGUUCUCUUUGAGCAUGCUUGUGGAGAGGGGGAAGGGGUUGGGGGGUUCUGUGCCGGAGUCCUGUGAAUAAGUACCUGUUAGCAGAGGAGUGUUUUGUGCAUUCUCAAGGUGUGAAAUACUCAUUCAAGUUCAUCUUGUGUACACAUACUUACCUGGUGCUGGCUGCAUUUUCUAGCACACACUUGAAGGUAUUGUGCUGUAUCAUUCUUUCAUUGUAAUAUAAAUAAAUAAAAAGUUUUAUACAAAA